CCUCCCCUUGCAUAAGUGCUCUCUUCCUCCAAAAUUAUCUUGUUGAGGGUGUGUGUGAAGAGUUUGUUCCAGUAAAGAAUUUAAUCUUUACAAGAUAUUUUAACUAGUAACCAUCAUGUCUGAAGCAUUUAACAAAGCAGCAGAAGAUGUUAAGGCAUUCACAAAGAAGCCUACAGAUGAAGAAUUGCUGGAAAUUUACAGUCUAUUUAAACAGGCCACUGUAGGUGAUGUUAACACAGACCGGCCUGGUAUGUUAGAUUUCAAGGGUAAGGCAAAGUGGGAUGCUUGGUCAGGAAAGAAAGGGUUGGACAAAUCUGAUGCAGAAAACAAAUAUAUAGAAUUGGUAGCAUCUUUAAAAGAUAAAUAUGCAUAGUUUGACACUGGAUUUUAAAGUUCUGCCAUUCCUAAAUCACAUGAAGUCCAGAAUCAUUUAGUAUAUCAAACACAGAGACAAUUAAACUCCUAUGACAAAUUGCUUAUGAAAUAUUUCUGCAUAAUUCUUACAUAAUUAUACAAGGCUGUUUUUAACCUAUGUAAAGGUCAAAUUUUGAAAUUUCUUCUUAUGCUGAAAUAGGUAGUUUACUUCUUUAAAAACAAUAUUUAAUAUAGUAAUUGUAUGUUUUUUGCUAAAUAUUUGAUGAUUAUUUAUUUAAUUGAAGUAUAAUUUUGCUGUCUGUUGUCAAUUUACUAAUGAAUAUACAUGUAUAUCAUAUAAGAACAAAGAAGUAACAUUAUUAUCACUAUUUUUUUGGGAUCAAAUUUACUUACUGUGUUCAGUUUUUGUUUUUGUAUAAAUAUAUAUAUGAAAAAUUAACAAUUGGAUUAAAGUAAGAUGUGUUUUAAAUGUUUGCUAGUCUUGUAAUUUAGAAUUAUAUAUUAUUUUGUCAUUUUACAUGCACAUUUCAUUCGGAUUCCCUUUUUUCCAACUCAGGGGUUACCUACCAUUCUUGUUGAACAAACAUGGUCCGAGCAUGUUUUUUAUCCAAAUGUUAUAAAAAAAGGUGUAUUGUUUAAUAACUGUUAAGAUGAUGUUAAACAGAGGGUAAUUAGUUAUUUUAUACUAACACAUCAAUUAAUUCUCUUUAUACAAAUAAUCAGAUGUGUUCAUGGUAAACUUCUACAUUUGUGUUUUAUCUAUUUUAAUUCACUUGCAUGAAAAUUUUAUUGAUUUUGAGCUGAAACUACUGUACUUUCGGGACCACAUUUUUUUUUAUUAUUUGCUUUGUAUUCUUUAUCAACUUAAAUCAACUAGUUUUGAUAGAAAAAAAAUUGCAGAAAGUAUAAUUGGGGAAACAAAACAUCUGACUUAGAAAUGACUAGUACUGUGGAAACUAGAAAAUUUAAAAAAAAAGAAAGACAUUUGUUUAAUGUGAAAACUGGUUGAAAAAGAACAAAAUGUGAAAAGUAGAAAAAUGAGAAAUUAUUGAAAAUGAAAUGUGACAUUAAUAAAUUUUGACAGUUUCUUGUAGUAGCGUCUGCUUAUACAUAUUUUUAGUGUUCUGUGUGUCCUUUCUGUAUGAUUUUACAAUAAUUUGCUAUUAAUAUAUUGAGCAUUUUUUUAAAGAAAACAAGAAAAAACUAAAAGAAAA